AUGGCUAAGGUCGACCCUGUGGAUGGGGAUUCCGCCGCCGUCCCCGCGUCUCCGAACCAAGGUCCUGUGGAGGCUCGCUCGUUGUCUUCCAUCACGACUAUCGCGUCCAAUCCCCCAGCUUAUCCUCGAAACCCCGCCCAGAAGAAACUGGACCCGCUCGUGUUGUACAUUGUAAGAGUCCCGGGAAGCAAAGAUGUCUUUCUUUCCCCUCUGAAACCUCCCACCAAAUCCAGCGUCUCUGCAGAAGCCAUUAAUGCUUCCCUCUACUAUCUUCAUGUCGCAACUCCGGAUGACGACAUCCUUCUCCAGGAAUGCGAACAGGAGCGCGAGGAGCAGGCCCGCCUACGGAGAGAAGGCCUGCUCCCGGAUCCGGACAUGCCCUUGCCCUCGAGCGAAUUCGCACGCUUAAAUAAUGUCCGGCGCAAACCCGUACCUGGAUUACCGACCAAAGCGAAUGCAGAUGUUCCUCCUCCUCCUCCUCCUCCUCCUCUUCCCACACGCCCUCCAACCCGAUCGCAAGAGCAACAAGAAGAGCAACAGCUGGAGAGUAGCAACCGCUCAUUCCAAAUUCCAGAUUCGAAGGUUCCUCCCGUUCUGCCUGCCCGUCCAACAUCUUCAGGCACUUUCUCUCCGGCGAGGGCGACAGCCCACUUCACAGGUGGGGAUCGCGAACUGUUUCUUGAUCCAAUCCCUACGCCGGGACAUCCACUUCCUUCCGUCCCACAAGAUGAAAAUGUGUUUGACAAACAUGCGGCGUCCAAGAAGCCCAACCGCUGGAGUGCCUCUGGAUAUAUUUCAGACCGGACUCCGCUGAGUGGGAGAGAGAAAUUCGAUGGUGUCUCUACUGGUCGCCAUAGUCUUGACACGUCUCGACCCCAAGUAUGGCCACGCUCGAUGCAUGAAAUUUCAUCUUAUGCUCGCACGCGCUCCCCGGCAAGAAGCCCCGGGCAAUCUCCUAGUCGACGCCCACAUGACAGCGCACGCCUACGCCAACCCAAGUUCCAUAUUACUGUAAUCCGUCGCGAUCCAGCUCAUGGCAGUCAGUGGAACGUCGCAACCUUAUCGACUCAUGCCGAUGGUACCGGCAUUGAUAUCGAGGUGUCAACCCCGGGCUACAGUCGAUUUGCUGCCAUGAGCGAACCUCUGAAUCUGGAGAGCCUCGGACUGGAUCUACCCUUCGAAGCUCGCAGCCUGUUAUCGCGACCGGGUCUUCAUCUAUCCCAAUCCAAUCCCUCAGCAUCAGCCGAUUCAUCGUCCCCUCCCAAGCCAUCCCCACCAAAGCGUUUCCGUCGAACACUCGUCGUAUCCCGACCCUACACUGCAGACGACUCGCGCAGCUCCCUAGAUCUAUCCGGCAACCGUGCCUCGAUGGACAGCAGCAUGUCAGGCAGUCCCGUCAAAGCAUACGGGCCGGGCUUCUCCAAACUCAAAAGCGGCUAUUACGCCUUCACCUCCCCCUGGAAUGGCAUCUGCACCUUCUCAACAAGUGUCAACGGCCGAAGCCUCAAAUGCAAACACCUGAUACCCACCCCGGGGCUCCCUCACUCCUCUACCUCCGUCUCUAACCACAACCACAACCACAACCACAACCACAACCACGACAAUCCCCCCAUCACCGUCGCCGAAAUCCGCUUCAACACCCCCUUCCAAGCCAACUACGUUCACCACCAAGGAUCCUCGCACAUGUCGCCCUUCGCUCUCAGCCAAACACCCACCCUCAAGGACUCCUCCUCAGACCCCUCCUCCUUCUCCUUCCCCACCUCCUCGAACUCCUCCCACAACCCUCUAUUCGCCCCCUCCACUCCCCCUUCAGCUUCUAGCUCCUCUAAACGCGCCGCCCUCGCCCACUUCCUCCACCAAACCACCCGACACUCCCGCAGACUCUCAAAUAGCAGCACAAGCAGCGGCGGUGGCGGCGGCAGUGACCCACCCCCACCCCGACCCCCACCACCAGGAGACCCCAAGUCAUACGGCUCCCCCGAACGACACGCGGCCCCUCUCCGCCGCCCCCAAAGCGACGACCGGCUCGAUCUCUCUCUCGCCCGUGAACCAGCAGGCGGCGGCAUGCGCGGUAAAAGCGCAAAGCUCGGCAAACUGAUCAUCGAGGACGAGGGGAUCAAGAUGCUGGAUUUGGUAGUUGCGGCUUGUAUGGGUGUUUGGUGGAGGGGGUAUUACUGUUAG